AAUUACCUACCGCACAGCAUGUUCCAGCUUUCGGUGCUCUUGCCUUUAGUGGGCUUAGUGAUUUUUACGGCCUCACCGGCACAGGCUCAAGGAUUUUAUACAAUAACAGCACCCGAAUACAUAAAACCUAACUCCGAGUAUAGGGUGCAUGUGGGUGUAGCAAAUGUGUAUCAAAACUCAAAAAUAAAGCUCACUCUGAAAGGACCACUAUUUAAUAAAUUCACUGAGCUUACGAUUCCGCCGAAUUCCGAUAAAACUGCCACCUUUCAAUUAGGGGAUAUACAAAAUGGCGACUUUUCAUUGGAGGCACAAGGAUUGUCGGGCAUAGUAUUUCAAAAUUCGACGAAUUUAAUAUUCGAAAACAAUUUACCGGCGGUCUAUUUGCAAACUGAUAAAUCUCUCUACAGACACGGCGAUACCAUACAGUUUCGUGUAAUAUUUUUAGAUCAGUAUUUGUUGCCCGCAAACGUCAACGAACCGAUCUCGAUUAUGAUAAAGGAUGCACAAAACAAUACCAUUCAGAGUUUCGACAAUAUCACCCUGAAUACCGGCGUAUUCAAGGGUAAGCUAAAAUUAGCCGAGCUGGUCGUUUCAGGUGAGUGGUCUGUGGCAGCUUUUCUGGACAAAACCCCAGUGGCUAGUAAGACAAUUGAAGUGAGAGAAUAUGAAUUGCCGUUAUUUGAGGUGGACUUAGAUGUACCAAUUUAUGUGAAUUAUAAAGCGAAAGAGUUUGCGGUGAAAGUGUAUGCGCACUACACAUUUGGUAAGCCGAUAUUUGGUACAUGCCUAAUUAAGCUCAAUGCGUCUACUACCACACUCUUUGAAAGGGAAUUGAACCUAUCUGACGGUCAAUUAGAGAUUUCAAUUCCAACAAAAGAUCUUGGUAGACGAAUACGACCGAUCGAAGUGAGAGUCACAGUCGUGGAUCAUGUCACGCAAACCGACCGUACAGUUUCAAAAAUUAUAAGUCUUUCAUUAAACAUGUAUGAAAUAGAAAUGGCGGAUGUCCAAAAGGAAUGUUUUAGCGGAAAUGAUAAAUUCAUUUACUCACCACGAAUUUCUCAUAUCAUUGGCAAACCAAUCGAUAUUGAUGAAGAAGUUUAUGUUAAAAUCAAAAAAGGUGAGACCGAAACUACGGAUUACACCUAUCCCGAUGAAAAUGGACGUGUUCGUGUGGAGCUGGAAUGUUCAAAUGAUCCGAAAAUAACUGUUACAAUAAAAUAUAAAAACGAAGAGAAAUCAAGCGAAAUUGAAUUAUACCACCGAAGUGAUAGCGGCCAAGGAGGAGUAUUUGUCAAGACGCAAUUCCCAGAAGUUGAUACGCCCAUGGAGGUACGUCUCAUAUCACCCGAGCCCUUCUCGAGCUUCGUAUGUGUUAUUGUCGGACGCGGCAAUAUUGUAUAUAAUAAUAAAAUCAGAAUACCGGAUGGACGCAGUGAAACCGCAUACACUUUCUCCAUCACACCAACUCAUGAAAUGAUACCGGAAGCGCAUAUUUUCGUGUAUUUCUUCAAUGCCGGUAAAAUGAUUUACUACGAAACCAAAUUUACCCUACCGAAUCAAUUCCGAAAUAGUAUCUCCAUCGACAUGCCGGAAACUGUCAAACCAGGCUCUUUCGUUUCUCUAGUAGUCGAAACGGAUCCAGAAUCGUACGUUUGUUUAUUGGGUGUGGAUAAGAGCGUAAUAUUGCUGAAGACCGGAAACGAUCUUGACGCUAAACAAAUAUUUGAAAAUUUAAAAACUAAGGACACGAAAGUAUCUAGAACUUAUACACCAGGCGAAAGUGCUGGUCUUAUCACAAUGACAAAUGCACAACACAAUUUGGAGAGCGCGGUUGCAAAACCAGAUGGGGUACUAGUUGGUAGAGGCUCCAAACCAAAAGUCCGUCAAAAUUUCCACGAAGUUUUUGCGUUUACUGAAAUUAUGAGUGAUGAUGGCCAAAGUGAGAUACAAGAAAAAAUACCUGACACAAUUACGACGUGGGUGGUCACAGGCUUUUCAAUUAAUCCAAAAACUGGAUUUGCACUAACAACAACUCCAACUGAAAUUAAGACUUUUUUGAAUUUCUUCGUUACCGUUAAACUUCCACAAUCCGUGAAAUUGGGCGAAAUCAUAGAUCUAGAAGUAACAGCUUUCAAUUAUUUACGCUCAAAUGUGAAUGCUUCCAUUUCAAUGGAAAGCGAAAAGGGACAAUUUGAAUUUCUUCCGAAUUAUGGUAAUAACAAACAAACAGUGGGCUCCUUUAUACAAAGAGAGAGAAGCAGAACAGUAAGAUUUAAAAUACGACCAACUCAAGUUGGCGAAAUAGAUCUGAAAAUAUCUGCCGUAAGUUUCUUAGCCAGUGAUGUAAUUAUCAAAAAACUGAAAGUCGUUUACGAAGGCACCACCGUGUGGAAUAAUGAGGACUUCUUUAUAAGUGGCGAGGAGAGCAAAAUUUACAGAUUAAGUAUACCGCUAAAUAUUGUUUUGGGCUCUGAGCAUAUUGAAAUUUCCGUUAUGGACUUUAUAAUGGGUUCAAUGUUGAAUUUGAUCAAUAGUGGUGAGAAUCUCGAUAAUCUCAUUCACUCUCCCUAUGGCUGUGGGGAACAGAAUAUGUUUACUAUGGUGCCAAAUUUAAUGGUUUUGAAGUAUUUGCAGAGCACCGAUAACACAAAUAAAGCCCUCAAAGACAAGGCAAUUUCUUAUUUACAAACCGGCUAUCAACGACAACUUUCCUACAAGGUUAAUGAUCACUCUUUCAGUACAUGGGGUGCCGCUCCCGGAAUUACUUGGUUAACAGCCUACGUUUUACGCAUAUUUAUGGAAGCAAAAUCCUACAUAUAUAUAGAUGAGAAUAUUAUCAAAAAUGGUUUAGAAUUUCUGCGAAAAAAACAAGAAGCCGAUGGCGGUUUUAGAGAAGAUGGCAGAUUAUAUGAUUUUGCAAAUCUAAACAAAUUAAGUGUGACCGCUACUGCGUUGCUGGCUUUCCUUGAAAAUACCCAAUACAAAAAUCAAUACAAGGAUGUCAUAGAUAAGGCGACGAAAUAUGUUAGGAAUAAUGUGAAACAAAACACCGAUAUGCGUGCAUCGGCUCUAUGUUUAUAUGCUCUGCAAGUGAUUGGUGAUCCGAUGGUUGGUGAGCUACUUGACAUCAUAGAAACCAAAGCGUACACUGGUAACGGUCAAAAGUGGUGGCAAAAUACCCCAACACCCGCGAAUAUUGAUGUUUAUAUAACAGGGUAUAUUGUAAUGACAUUGUUGGAAUUAAAAAAACCAGUUACGCCAAUUAUCAAGUGGAUAGUGUCGAAACGUAAUAGUAAUGGCGGUUUUGCUUCGACUUUCGAAACGGAGGCGGGCAUGCGCGCCCUAUCUAUGUAUGCUGCCAAAUUUAAGGAGCAAGGUAAUAAUUUAGAUAUCGAUGUGCGCUCUCAAGGACAAUUGCUGCAAUCGUUUAAAGUUGGAGUAAAUAGUAAAAAUAUUAACAAAAAAUUUGAGCUUCCCAGAGAGACGCGAGAACUUCAAUUCACUGCGACUGGCAAUGGCAAAGCAACCUUUCAAAUUUCUUAUAGUUACAAUACUUUGGAGACCAACAAUCGAGAUUUCAACGUUAACUAUACUGUGCUCACCCCACCGGGACCGAGAAAAAAUUUACAAGUCUGCACCCAAUUUAUUUCUCACACAGUUGAGCGUACAAGUAUGACAGUUUUGGAGAUAAGUUUGCCGUCAAGUGAUGAAGUGAGCCCGGAGUGCUGUGAUAUCAGAAAUUCGAGGCGAGCAAAGAAAAUUGUUGUAAAAUCAAAACAAAAAGUGGAAAUUUACCUUGAAGGAUUUACGCCAGAUGCCAGUGAAUGCUUAGAAAUCCCAUUAGUGAAACAAUUUGAUGUGGAUAACAAGAAACCAGCAACAAUUAUUGUAUAUGAUUAUUAUGAAAAGAAUGUCGAUAAAUUCUUUUACCAAGUUUAACGAUAGACUUUUCCAUAAGGUCUGAUGAAAAUUUGUAUAUGAAAAUAUAAAAAAAAAUCGCAUGUAUGUAUGUAGAUUAA